GCUGGGUCUCACAUAGCUGUGGAUAGAGCAGCAGUAAUGUGGUCGCGGGAAAGAGCGACAUGGCUGAAACGGAGACCUCGGCCUGCUUCUGGGUCCACACAGCGCAGGCGGCCGGCAUCUGACAUCAACCAGACUUUCGAUGAGCUUUAUCGCUCAUUGGUAGAAAAGGAAUAUCAGGAAGAGGAGACAUUUGGACAGAAAAGAACAGAUUAUGCAGCAUCUGAAAGGUCACGCCAUUCUGUGGCUAUAAGCGUAACUUCUACUAUAACAGAAAAAAAUAUAACAUUAAGUGCGUCUGACUCCUCUAACUUCCUCAGAGAUAAAGCUUCGGGAAAAGGAAAUCCUACAUUACCAGGCUCCAAGUCCAUUUUACGUGAGCUAAAGCAGAGCGUGGAGGAACAGUAUGUUAGUGUACAUUUUAAUGGUGUGGGCAACACACAUCCGAAAGAAGACUUGCCUUCUGAGGAGAAUUUUGACUCAGGAGUCCAAGAUAUAUGUGAUAUAUCUUUUGGCAACACAGAUGCGCUUUCCUGUCAAUCUAGCAACGAGGAUGAAUGCAAUACUAUUGUGGAUAUUUUGCCUCGCGAGAAACAACUUGUGGAGAAACAACUAUUAUGUAAAAGUUGUCAAAGUCUUAAAAACAAAGUCAUAAAAAACAAAACUACAGGCAUCAAACUAUUUAAAAUAUUUGAUCCUAACCAUUGGUGCAGUGACCAUUGGAUGCUGAAGAACACAGGUUCUCAAAAUGAUACUACUCCACACUUAGGACAAAAGAGAACUAUAAGCAAAGUACUAAAGAAUAUUGCAGCACUUAAAUUAAAUCUGCCAAUGAAUACUCACAGAAUAUCCUUCAAAUGUAGUAGACCACAUUCAUUCCUUCAGAGAAAUCUUUUCCUAUGUAAAAUGGCAAAGCAGAAUCUUUGCAAUGUGCCUCUAAAACAGCAGCAGAGAACCAGUACUAACUACAAUGCAAAUAAACAGAGACAGAAAAAAAACGUUUCAAAACAGCCAUACAUGCUUGUAGUUGGUAAAAAUCAGGAAGAAGACUCUGACAAAGAUGUGAAGAGAGGCAAGUUAAAGGCUAAUAAGAAAAUGUUGAGGUCUGACAUAUCUCCUCCUCGAAAUGGAGAUCGUCCUCUAGCGCCCACUUCAACCACAAAGAAAAAGUUGCCUCGACUUGACAGUAGAAACAUUUUGCCAUCAUCAAAGGAUUAUACUGUUAAGUCACCAUGCAAUAAUAAAGACUUGUUGGAAAAUGAAUUUCAGGAUCCCUUCUCAUGGGUCGAUAGAGGAAGUUUUCGAGACAUGCUAGCUCACCUCAACUCAGGUUGUUCAAAUAGUGCUAUAAUUAAGGAACAUUGAGGUGGUGUUUUCAAUAAUCCAGCUGAUGUGUUAUACUUUUUGUCAGUUUGAUUAAUUUCAAAACCGUUUGUGCAAUAACUACUGUUCUAAAAUAGUUUGAGUGCAAAUUACACCCACUCUGUUCUAUAAACAUUUAAUUUUGACUGAAUCUGUGUACCUUUUUAUAUGUCCUGUUAUGAAUUUAACUGUAUUGCACAUGUUCCUCUUUGUUAAAUUAAUAAAACAUGCAUUGUGGUUUUUAUUAGAAA